UCCCUCGCCUCCGCCUCCUCCGCCCCCAUUUUAAAUUUCAAACCAUCCCCUCCCACCUCCUCCUCCAAAAACCUCGCGUCUCCUGUCUCUCUUCCCUCCUCCCCUCCCCGGCUGCCACGAGGCGCCACGCAACCAGCUCCAAGGUUCCGCCUGCGGGGAGGAGCGGGGGAUAUGACGGGGUGCCUGUUCGGCUGCUUCCGGAUGGCCGGCGGCGGCGGCGGCGAGGUGAAGGGCAGCGGCGACGGCCAGCUCGUGUCUCCGUCCUUGGCCCAGACGACGAAUCACAAGGAUGGUGGGGGGAGGAGGAGGAUGAGGCCGCCGUCCAGGAACGCGCUCUCCGUCGUGUUCCUGCGAGAAGAUGAGGGAUCGAGGGUGGAACAGUUUGCUUGCUCGUGGACCGACCAGAGCGAUGAGAGGAAGAGGGUGGAUCAGGAGCUCAAGCACGAGGCCGUUGUCCAAAAAAGCUGUGGUGCAUUGUUGGAAACUGCAAAACAAAUCCAAACAGUGCCUGAAGAUGCAAAUUCAGUUCAACAGAGGGCAACACAUUCAGGAUGGGUUCCUGCCAUUUCUUAUAAUGUAGAUUCCAUGGAAGCACUGGAGGUUGAGGAUUGUGAAACGCCUUCGAGGUCUCAUCAGAGCUCCACUGUACCAGAUGUAAUGAGUUCUUCCUGGAAGGGGUGUGAUGCAUCAAACCAGCAUGGUUCUGAAGCUAUGACCAAGAUCAUAGAUGCUGAAGCUGUGAAUAAUGAAUCUGUGAAGAACUGUGGAAUCAAGCUGACUCCAGCUGCUUCACAUGCAACUAACUUGAACGAGUUGACAAAUGAAAACAAUACUGAGGCUUGUGUGGAGAAUGAAUACCAACUCCAGAAUCCGGCCAAGGAAUUUGAAAAAUGUGGGGUAUCUAGAGAAGAUUUCUUUCAGCCCAACCAAUCAGAUGAGGAUCCCAAAUGUGCAAAGAAUGACAAUUUGGUCUCUAUGGAAAUAUCAAUAUCUGAUGAAUGCUCCCUUUUUCAGAGCUCUGACGGUUCUGUAUCAUCCUAUAACAAGAUAAGAGACAGCACGAACACAACCUCUAUGGAGAAGGCUCUGACCACUGAGGCAACUAUUCAUGCCACCAGAAAGAAGCUGCUGAAGAACAAUGAUUCAGACCUGGAACUUCCAAGCUUGUCGCAGUGGCUGAAGCCUCCAAAUCCUAAGAAGCCAUUCAGGGAUGAGGCCUUGACAGGUGACAGAUCUCAGUCAGCUAAGAGUACGGAUGAGGAUAGGCCUAUCAUUGGAAUGGUUGCAGCGCACUGGAAAGAUAAAGAGCCAGAAAAUUUUGCUCCUAAGUGGUGGGAUGGAAAUGGCAUUCCCAACUCGACAAAUAAAUACAAAGAAGAUCAAAAGGUGAGUUGGCAUGCAACGCCAUUUGAGGAGAGGCUUGAGAAGGCUUUAUCUGAAGAGAAGUUUCUUUCCGAAAGGAACUGCUCCAGUGGACAGACAACUCAGUUUUUAGGAGUCGAAGGUGAAGAGAGUGAUACCGCUGAAUCUGGACAGACAGACAACCGUAUAUAUGCUGCUGCUUAUGCAUGAUAAUUUCUGUUCACCAAGAGUUGCUGAGGCAUUCAGUACGAUGGUGUUCUGCCAUCCUCCUGGUUGAUGUCACUUGCACAGUGAUGUUUCUCUCUUUGCCAUUCAGUACGUAGUAUCCAGGUGUGACGUAGCUGUCGAUUGCUUUGUACGUAACUCUUAAAGAUUAACGGUUCAAGAUAAAUCAACAUCGUUGAUUUCAAAUUGCUAGAAAUAGCAAAUUGUAUUUAAUGGUAUCCUCAUGGGAUAAUAUAUAGAGUAUAUAAGUGAAACC